CUGAGGCAGGGGUGGGAACGGUGAGGACAGGACAGUUUGCCACCAACCCACAAAGCUAAAACUGAAAGGUAACACAGCACAGCAGCUGCGACCAGAAGGAGAGAGAAACAAGAGAGAGAAACUCAACACAACACAGAGACAACAUUGCAUACCCAAAACAUAGAGAUCCAACCAACACAGAUAAAUUUAAACAAAUAUUAAUAAUAUUAUAGUUGUUACACCUCAACUUCUUCAUCUCAAAUACCUCAACUUCUUCAUCUCAAAUACCUCAACGUUACUACUCAAAUUUAUGGUAGUUUGUAAUUAUUUCGGCAUGUCAGGAAUUUGUUCAUUCAGUUUUGGAGGUCAAUUGAGGUCUAACCGAUCAGAAACGGCGUAGACUUGGUUGACUUUGUAGUUGCUUCUUCGAAUCUUUCGAGGGUUAAGUUCCCUUUGCUGGAGCCAUGGCGCAUCUGUCUCAAGCAAAUUCUAGAAGAAUGUAUUCAUGGUGGUGGGACAGCCACAUAAGCCCCAAAAACUCAAAAUGGCUCCAGGAAAAUCUGACAGAUAUGGAUGUCAAGGUGAAGCAAAUGAUUAAGCUUAUUGAAGAAGAUGCAGAUUCUUUUGCCAGGAGAGCAGAAAUGUAUUAUAAAAAACGCCCGGAACUUAUGAAAAUGGUUGAAGAGUUUUAUCGAGCAUAUCGGGCAUUGGCUGAGAGAUAUGAUCAUGCAACUGGAGUCAUCCGCCAUGCCCACAAGACCAUGACUGAGGCAUUUCCUAAUCAAGUUCCUAUGAUGCUGACAGAUGAUUUACCUACUGAGCCACUUACUCCAGAUAUGCGCCACCCUUCACGUGCGUUUCUUGAUCCAGAUGAACCACAAAAGGAUGCUUCCGCUCGUUUGCAUGCUAUCAAAAGAAAUGGUGCUUAUUCUGGUGAACCCGAUUCUGCUAUGAACAAAACAGGUUUGAAACAGCUCAAUGAUCUCUACGUCCCUGGAGAACCUGAAAAUCAUACAAAGUUUGUAGAAGGGCAUGCUAGAAGGGGGCUCAGUUUUUUUGAGAUGCAGGAGGAGAGUAGUGACCUAAACAAUGGAAGCAACAUUACUGGAUCUCAAGUCUUGUCUGAGUCUGAACGCAUGACAAAAGCUGAGACAGAAAUUUUGGCCUUGAAGAAAGCCAUUGCCAAAUUAGAAGAAGAAAAGGAGGCUGGCUUGCUUCAGUAUCAGCAGAGUUUGGAAAAAUUGUCUAAUCUGGAGUCAGAAGUGUCUAGUGCGCAAGCAAAUUCUCAAAGACUUGAUGAGCGAGCAAGUAAAGCUGAAGCUGAAGUUCAAGCCUCAAAGGAAGCCCUAAUCAAAUUACAAGCUGAAAGUGAAGCCUGUCUUCUACAGUACCAGGAAUGCUUGGAGAAAAUAUCUAAUCUGGAGAAAAAUAUUUCUUCUGCACAGAAGGAAGCAGGAGAACUUAAUGAUCGAGCUACUACUGCUGAAAAUGAAACUGAGUCCUUAAAGCAGGAACUUGCUAGAGUAGAAGCUGAAAAGGAAGCAACCCUUGUUCAAUAUAAAGAGUGUUUGGAGACAAUAUCAAAACUGGAGGAGAGAUUAGCAGAAGCUGAGGAGAAUGCAAGAAGAAUUAAGGAUCAUGCCAAUAUAACAGAAAAUGAAAUUGAGGCUUUGAAAUUAGAAGUUACUAAACUUAAUGAAGAAAAGGAAGAUGCUGCUAUCCGUUAUCAGCAAUGCUUGGAGAUAAUUUCCAGUUUGGAGUAUAAACUCUCUUGUGCUGAAGAGGAGGUGCGUAGGCUAAAGUCCAAGAUAGAUGAUGAGGUUCAAAAGUUACAGAGUUCUGAACAAAAAUGUCUUCUCUUGGAGACAUCCAAUCACUCUAUGCAGUCUGAAUUACAAUCUUUGGCACAAAAAAUGGAGUCUAACAAUGAAGAAAUUAAUGAGAAGCAGAAGGAAUUGAAUAGACUUUGGGGUUGCAUACAGGAGGAGAGAUUGCGAUUCAUUGAGGCUGAAACUGCUUUCCAAACUCUUCAGCAGUUGCAUUCUCAAUCUCAGGAAGAGCUUAGAUCUCUUGCUGCUGACUUUCAUAGUAAAGUGGAAAUACUGGGGAAUGUGGAAUCACGUAAGCAGGCUUUAGAAGACGAAGUACUCAGGGUGACUGAGGAAAACAAAAUUCUAAACGAGGUCAAAAUUUCCUCGUCUUUGUCUAUAAAGAAUUUGCAGGAGGAGAUUUUGAAUUUGAGGGAGACAAUAGAGAAACUUGAACAGGAGGUGGAGUUGCGAAUUGAUGAAAGAAAUGCUCUUCAGCAAGAAAUUUACUGUCUUAAGGAGGAGCUUAAUGAUUUGAAUAAAAAACAUGAAGCCAUGAUGGAGGAAGUCAGGUCAACCGACUUAGACCCACAGAGCUUUGGAUCAUCCGUGAAAAAAUUGCAAGAUGAGAACUUAAAGCUGAAGGAAACAUGUGAGGCUGACAAAGGAGAGAAAGAAGCUCUUUUGGUUAAAUUGGAAGCCAUGGAGAAACUUCUAGAGAAAAAUACUGUUCUAGAGAAUUCCCUUUCAGACUUGAAUGCUGAGCUGGACAGUGUCAGAGGAAGGGUAAAUGUGUUGGAAGAAACAUGUCAAUCUCUGCUAGUGGAGAAAUCAAAUCUUGCUGCUGAGAAGGCCGCCUUGUUUUCUCAGUUACAAUCCACAACUGAAAAUCUUGAGAAGCUCUCGGAAAAGAGCAACCUAUUGGAAAAUUCACUAUUUGAUGUGAAUGCUGAACUUGAAGGGUUAAGGGUGAAGUACAAGGCACUGGAAGACACAUGCCAGUCACUUGACCAUGAGAAAUCCAGUAUCUUUCAAGAGAAAGAAUCCUUAGUGUCACAAUUGAACAUAACUCAUGAAACAGUGAAAGAUCUUGAGAAACUGCACAGUGAAUUGGAAUUAAAGCAUUUGGAACUAAAAGGAGAAAGGGAGUCAGCACUUCAAAAGGUAGAGGAGCUGCUAGUUUCCCUAUACUCUGAGAGGGAAGAACAUUCCAGAGUUUUGAAAUUGAAUGAAGAUGAAUUGGCUGAGAAGGAAUCACAAAUCCAUACUCUACAAGAAGAUGCAAAUUGCAAGGAAAAGGAAUAUGAAGAGGAACUGGACAGAACUAUGCAUGCUCAAAUUGAAAUUUUCAUCUUGCAGAAAUGUAUCAACGAUUUGGAGAAAAAGAACUUCUCCCUUUUAGUCGAGUGUCAGAGACUUUUGGAGGCUUCCAAAAUGUCUGACAGAAUGAUAUCUAAAUUGGAGAGUGAAAAUGUUCAAAAGCAGGUUGAUGUGAAUUCUCUAUCUGAGAAAAUUAAAAUACUAAGGAUUGGGCUGAUUCAGGUGUUGAAGACUCUUGACAUUAACGGUGGGCAUUUUCGUGAAGAUAUGCUUGAAGAAGACCAAAUGCUUCUGAACCAUAUAUAUGGAAAACUUCAGGAGAGGCAGGAAUCUUUUGACACAAUUUUCAAUGAAAGCCAACAAAUGGCCAUUGAGAAUUCAGUUCUGAUUACAUUCCUUGAGCAGUUGAAACUAAAGGUAGAAAAUCUUGUGACACAAAGAGAUGCUCUUGAUGAGGAGUUCAGUAUCCAGUCUAAGCAGUUCUUGGCCAUGCAAGUUGAAGUCCAAAAGAUAUUGGAGAAGAAUCUGGAGUUGAAGUUGACAAUAAACAAAGGAGAAGAGAGAAUGGAAGUAAUGACAACUGAAAUAGACAACCUACGGAAGCAGCUGUCAGACCUGGAAAAGAGUCACAACAAUUUACAGGAAGAUAAUUGCAAGAUAUUGGAAGAUAAGUCGUCCUUGAUGAGAAGAUUUCUAGAUCUGGGUGAAGAGAAAAGUAACUUGGAAGAAGAAAUAUGUGUCAUGAUCCAUGAGAUAAUAUCUCAAUCUAAUAGUUCACUGAUUUACCAGAAUAUUAUCUUUGAGAAGCACUUGGAACUUAAAGAGCUAGGUGAUAAUCUUGAUAAACAUUGUUCAGAAAAUAAUGACCUUGAGGAGAGAUUGAAAGUAAUGGUGUGCAAAUUAGAAAAUGCAGAAAUGGAAAAUUCACAUCUUAAAGAGUCAUUUAUAAAGUCAAAUGUUGAACUAAAUUUAGUUGAAUCCAUCAAUCAUCAAUUGAGUUGCCAGAUUAGCGAUGAAAGGGAAAUGUUGCAUCAAAAGGAAAAUGAGCUUUUGGAAGCAGCUGAGAUGUUUCGUGUUUUACAUACUGAGAAAACAGAAUUGCAAAGAAUGGUGGAAGAUCUGAAGAUUAAAUAUGAUGAAGCCAUGGUGACGCUCAAAGAACAGGCUAAUCAAAUUUUAACAUUGUCCUCAGACAAGGAUCGUCAAAAUGAAGAGCUCACAUGCCUGUGUGAAGUGAAUCAGAAGUUGGAGUCUGAAAUGGGGAACCUGCGUCAGGAGCUUGGAGAAACUCAACUCAGGGAAAAGAAGCUAAGCUAUGAAGUACUUAAGGGAAUAAAUGAGAUUGAACAAUGGGAAACUCAGGCUUCAACACUCUUUGCUGAACUUCAGAUUUCUGCUGUCAAUGAAACCUUAUUUGAAGGAAAGGUCCGUGAGCUAGCUGAUGCAUGUAAGAAUCUUGAACGCAGAAACUACUCCCAAGACAGGGAAAGUGAACAGAUGAAAGAGAGAGUUAGCAAGCUGGAAGUUGAAAAUGGAAGACUCUGUGAUCAAUUAGCUGCUUAUGUCCUUGCUGUUGGUGCUUUGAAUGAUUGUAUAACAUCUUUGGAGAUGCAGACUCUCGCACAUGCAAAACCUCAUGACUGUGAAGAAUCAAAGGUUAAAGAUUUGGUGAAUAAUGAAUACUCUGAAAAUGGUCAUCAAACAGAUGAAGAUCAGACUGUUAUGGCACCGGAUGCACUCCCUGACUUCCAAAACAUGCAGAGAAGGAUCAAUGCAAUUGCAAUGGCGGUUAAGCAGUUAAGUGAAAGUUUCAAACCCAAGAAUGAAACGAGAGAGAUUCAAGCAAGCAAGCAUGUUACUCAAGCAAGGCCAGAUAUCCCCAUUACCGAGAUUGAAGUCCUGCCAAAAGACAUCAUGCUUGAUCAAAUAUCUGAAAGUUCAUCGUAUGGGAUAAGUAAGAGGAGAGAAAUUCUUGAGGCUGAUGAUCAGAUGCUAGAGUUGUGGGAAACAGCUAAUAAGGAUGCUACUGUUGGCAUGCAAAUUGAAAAGACACAGAAGAUGGCUGCUGAAGCUGCUGCCAAUCAUCAAAGAGGAGCAACCAAGGAAGUCAAAAACAAAUAUCCUUCAACAGAUUCUACCGUGGAAAAGGAGUUGAGUGUGGACAAGUUAGAGAUCUCAAGAAGAUUGACACUACCGCGCGAAGAAGGGAACCAGAGCAAGAUUUUAGAAAGACUUGAUUCUGAUGCACAGAAGUUGACCAACCUUCAAAUCACCACACAAGAUUUGAUGAAGAAGAUAGAAAUUAAUGAGAAGAACGCAAAGGGAAAAGGUGGUGAGUGUGAUGAGGUGAAAAGGCAGCUUCAAGCAGCUCAGGAUACCAUCACAAAGUUGCUUGAUGUCAACCGCAAGUUGAUGAAGAAUGUGGAAGAGGGUUCCUUGUCUUCUGUUGGGAAGGGUGAAGCAGAGUCAGAUGGAAGUGGAAGUGUCAGCAGAAGUAGAGUUUCAGAACAGGCACGGAGAGAAUCAGAAAAAAUAGGACAACUGCAUUUGGAGGUGCAAAGACUGCAGUUUCUGCUGCUGAAACUGGGUGAUGGAAAAGAAAGCAAAGAAAUAACAAAAGUUGCUGACAGAAAUCCAAGAGUGCUUUUGCGAGAUUAUCUCUAUGGUGGGACAAAAGCCUACAAGAAGAAGAAAAGGCUACCCUUUUGUGCAUGUAUGCGACCUUCCACCAGGGGAGAUUAAUUGUUGCUAUAUAGUUUGAAGUAUGUGAGGCAUUAGCUUUCUUGUUUGUAAAAUUUUCUUUCUAAAGAUGCUUUAAGACCAUACAUAUUUUGAUCAUGGUGUACAUGCUGUGCCUCAUUUACUCGUAAGAAGAGGCCAAGGCUAGGAUGGAAUUUUUGCCAUUUUUUUCUCCUGUAAUAUUCUGAAUAAUCACCUUUUUUAUAUCUGGUGUAGAUGAGUAAUGAGUGUUUAGUUUUUAUCUGUUA